GGAAGUGGGAUGUUGCGUAACCGCGAAAUUUGGAUUGGUACCAGACUUUGUCACUACUCAUUCUCACGGUUAUAUAACCCGGUAUAUAACACUUACAUAAUGCCUCAGGGCAGACCAGGAAGCCACUGUGGUGUCUGGAAGGCUGGAAGGUACGCAGGAGCAGACGCUGAGGGUUCCAUAUACAGGUUUGCAACGUUCAAGUUUCUUGUUUCUGCUGAUAAACCGAGGUGCCAUCCCGGUCUGAGGUGACGUGUGUGCGUGUCUGAUCCGAUGUUGUCGGGUGUGUCUGCCAUAGUAACCGCACGUCUUGGCUGCAUCACGACAGCGUCCCUCGUCUCCCUCCUCUGUGUUACCAAGGUGCAAGUUGCAGCAUCUGCCACGCCCACUUGUCAGAGACCGAGGUUAACAGAGGUCAUUCAGAGAGGACUGACCACACAGGCUACUGACACCAGUAAUACGAUGAUCUUCACCAGCCCAAUGGACAAGCUCAGCGAGGCCAAGCAGGCAUCUCUAUGGGGGCUGCUGAUUGGUGACGCCCUGUCCAUGCCCGUACACUGGUACUACGACGCAGACGAUAUCAAGAGGGAUUAUGGAAAAUGGCUGACGGGAUAUGUGGCGCCGCGCAAGCAACACCCUUCCAGUAUUAUGUCCCUCUCAGCUACAGGUGGAAGUGGACGAUCUGGUUUCUCCACACGGAGGGAGGAGCCCCUGAUCGGGAAUGUGAUCCUCCAUGACAAGCUGCAGUACUGGACUAACCGUGGGGGGUCCGUCCACUACCAUCAAGGUAUGUCAGCAGGAGACAGCACCCUGAAUGCCCUGUGUGCACUGAAAGUGUGCCAAACCAUGACCAGGGUUGACCCCGACAACGACCUGUCCCCCCGCGACCUCCGUUCGGCCGUGCUGGCGGACUACGUCCAGUUCCUGACGACCCCAGGCACGCACAACGACACCUACGCUGAGUCCUUUCACCGCGCAUUCUUCCGCGACUGGAUCCAGGCAGGCAAGCCCGUCACAAAAGACGGACUGAUCGACUUCGCGGAAAAACGGCACGAGGAACAGUCGGCGGGAAGUGCGGACUCGCAGCUGGCCGUGAUUGGUGCGUUUGUGAUGGCGGUCCCUUUCGUGCUGCACGCGGCUCAUCUAUCGGAGGCAGAGGCCGUGAGGAACACGGUUGAUUUCGUGCGACUUACCCACCCCCUCCCACCUCAUCAUCUGGAACCAUUCCUGGAGCUGUACGUGAAGGUCCUACAUGCAGUGUUGAAUGGAGCCAGUCUUCAGGAGAAGGCAGCAGAAGCCCUGCAGUCUCCCGUCCUUGGGGGAUCGGGCACGUGGAAGAGGGUCCAAACUUUCUCCUCUGAAGCAGCAGGCUAUGCGAAAGGGUCGGACUCGCGGCUAUCGGUUUACCAGGAGGCUGUGGGGCGGUUUGGCCUGGCCUGCUACAUCAAGGGUUCACUCACUUCUCUGUUCUUCCUCGCACAUGAGUUUCAUGAUGACAUGGAGGGCGGAGUACUGACCAACACAAACGUCGGAGGCGAGAACUGCCACCGUGGGGCAGCCCUGGGGGCUCUACUGGCUGCAGCUGCGGGGAGCACGGGGAAACCCCUCCCCCAGGGGCUGAAGGACGGGCUCGGAUCUGCACGGACUGACCUCAUGGCGCUGCUAGCAAACAGUAAACUGUGAAGGAGGUUUAGUUUCAGUAUUGCACACCUGCUCUGUGUUAUUGUUACCCACAGGAAUAAGGUACCUGGAUGUUUGACAAGAAGCUACGACAUCUACAAAAUGUUAAAGCACAUCUAAGGUUAGGGUCUUGAACUUUUGAGG